UGAAAAAGAAGAGGACAAAAGAAAACGGGUAUUAAGAAGACUUCCCAGUCUGUUCCUGGUGCCUAAUCCAGAAGGAUGCCUAAGUUCCUGCUUCUCACAUGCCUCUUCACAAUCACUCCUGUGUCACCAAUGGCUCUAGAUCCUUGUUCUGCUUACAUCAGCCUGAAUGAGCCAUGGAGGAACACUGACCACCAAUUAGAUGAAUCCAAAGGUCCUCCUCUGUGUGACAACCAUGUGGAUGGGGAAUGGUACCGCUUCACAGGCAUGGCAGGGGAUGCCAUGCCUACUUUCUGCAUACCUGAGAACCACUGUGGAACCCAUGCACCUGUCUGGCUCAAUGGAAGCCAUCCUUUAGAAGGUGACGGCAUUGUGCAACGCCAGGCCUGUGCAAGCUUCAACGGGAACUGUUGCCUCUGGAAUACCACGGUGGAGGUCAAAGCUUGCCGUGGAGGCUACUAUGUAUAUCGUCUGACCAAGCCCAGCGUCUGCUUUCAUGUCUACUGUGGCCAUUUUUAUGACAUCUGCGACGAGGACUGCCAUGGUAACUGCUUGGGUACCAAUGAGUGCACCUGCUCUCCAGGAACUGUGUUAGGCCCUGACGGGCAGACAUGCCUUGAUGAAAAUGAAUGUGAGCAAAACAAUGGUGGCUGCAGUGAGAUCUGUGUAAACCUCAAAAAUUCACAUCGCUGUGAGUGUGGAGUUGGUCGUGUACUUAGAAGUGAUGGCAAGACUUGUGAAGACAUUGAAGGAUGUCACAAUAACAAUGGUGGCUGUAGUCAUUCUUGCCUUGCAGCUGACAAGAGCUAUCAGUGUGAAUGCCCCCGGGGCUUGGUGCUGUCAGAGGAUAACCAUACUUGCCAAGUCCCUGUCUUGUGCAAGUCAGACACCAUUGAAGUAAGCAUCCCCAAGGACCUGGUCGGCGGUCUGGAGCUCUUCCUGACCAAUACCUCCUGCCGAGGAAUAUCCAAUGGCACCCAUGUCAACAUUCUCUUCUCCCUCAAGACCUGUGGCACAGUGGUUGAUGUGGUGAAUGAUAAGAUUGUGGCUAGCAACCUCGUGACAGGUCUACCCAAGCAGACCCCAGGGAGCAGUGGGGACAUCAUCAUCCGCACCAGCAAACUGCUGAUCCCAGUGACGUGUGAGUUUCCGCGCCUGUACACCAUUUCCGAAGGCUAUGUUCCGAACCUUCGAAACGCGCCACUGGAAAUCAUGAGCCGCAGUCAUGGAAUCUUCCCAUUUACUUUGGAGAUCUUCAAGGACAAUGAGUUUGAUGAGCCUUACCGGGAAGCUCUGCCCACACUCAAGCUUCGCGACUCCCUCUACUUUGGCAUUGAGCCCCUGGUGCAUGUGAAUGGCUUAGAAAGUCUGGUGGAGAGCUGCUUCGCCACUCCCACUUCCAAGAUUGACGAGAUCCUGAAGUACUACCUUAUCCGGGAUGGCUGUGUUUCAGAUGACUCAGUAAAGCAGUACACGUCGCGGGAUCAUCUAGCAAAGCACUUCCAGGUCCCAGUCUUCAAGUUUGUGGGAAAAGACCAUAAGGAAGUGUUUCUUCACUGUCGGGUCCUUGUCUGUGGGGUGCUGGAUGAGGGCUCCCGUUGUGCCCAAGGCUGCCACCAGCGAAUGCGUCGAGAGGCAGUAGAAGGAGAGAACACUGCUGGUGUACAAAGCCAGAUGCUGAUAGGUGGCCCAAUCAGCAUCGACUGGGAUGAGUAG